AUGGUCAGCUCCUGUUGUGGCUCUGUCUGCUCUGAGGAGGGCUGUGGGCAAGGCUGCUGCCAGCCCAGCUGCUGCCAGACCACCUGCUGCAGGCCCACCUGCUGCCGCCCCAGCUGCUGUGUGUCCAGCUGCUGCAGACCCAGCUGCUGUGUGUCCAGCUGCUGCAGGCCCCAGUGCUGCCAGUCUGUGUGCUGCCAGCCCACCUGCUGCCGCCCCAGCUGCUGUCGCCCCAGCUGCUGCAUUUCUAGCUGCUGCAGGCCUUCCUGCUGCCGCCCUAGCUGCUGUGUGUCCAGCUGCUGCAGGCCCACCUGCUGCCGCCCCAGCUGUUGUGUGUCCAGCUGCUGCAGACCCAGCUGCUGUGUCUGCUGUCGCCCCAGCUGCUGCAUUUCUAGCUGCUGUAGGCCUUCCUGUUGCCGCCCCAGCUGCUGUGUGUCCAGCUGCUGCAGGCCUAGCUGCUGCAGGCCUUCUUGCUGCAGACCCAGCUGUUGCAUUUCUAGCUGCUGUAGGCCUUCCUGCUGCCACCCCAGCUGCUGUGUUUCCAGUUGCUGCAGGCCCCAGUGCUGCAUCUCUAGCUGCUGCCGCCCCAUCUGUUGCCAGACCACCUGCUGCCGCCCAGCAUGCUCUAGUUGCUCUUGCUGCUGA